GACCGAAGUACAAGAACAAUCUUCAACAAAAGAAAUGGAAGAAAUCGGUAACAGACAUGCCAAAAAAAAGUUAUAGAAAAUUCAAUUUAAUUCAACCGCCUUCCAUAAUCCACCUCCCUCAGUCUCGUUCUUCACCGCGUCCCGCAUAAUUCACCCUUCCCGUGUCCGCCAAUUUCCACCACCGCUAUUCCCGGCGACGCCACCACCUCCCUUCACCCCGUCAGAAGUAAAUACAAGAAUCAUGAUUUGACCACCCCACGACCACCGUCCCAAAAGAAACGGGAAGUCCCCCGAGAAAGGGAAAAAAAAGGAGGAAGAAGAAAAGAAUCUAUGGGCGCAUCGUUAUCCAACUUAACGGAGAACGGAGCGGCGAACGGUGGACCAGGGUUGGGGGAUAUACCGGAAAGUUGCGUGGCGUGUGUUUUUUUAUACUUAACCCCCCCUGAGAUAUGCAACUUGGCUCGGCUCAACCGCGCUUUCCGCGGCGCCGCUUCCUCCGAUGCUGUCUGGGAAGCUAAGCUGCCACCUAACUACCAACAACUCCUUGAACUAUUUCCUCCAGAACGCUACCAAAAAUUAUCCAAAAAAGACAUCUUUGCUCUCCUCUCCCGCCCUGUCCUCUUUGACGAUGGAUAUAAGGAAAUAUGGCUGGACAGGGUGACUGGAAGGGCUUGCAUGUCUAUCUCUGCAAAAGCGAUGACCAUUACGGGGAUUGAAGACCGCAGAUACUGGAACUGGAUUCCUACUGAUGAAUCCAGAUUUCAGGUUGUUGCAUAUCUGCAGCAAAUAUGGUGGUUUGAAGUGGAUGGCAUUGUAAAAUUCCCCUUUCCACCUGAUAUCUACUCUCUGUCGUUUAGACUUCAUCUUGGAAGGUCUUCUAAAAGGCUUUUACGACGUGUUUGCUAUGAUCAUACUCAUGGAUGGGAUAUAAAACCAGUACGAUUUGAAUUGUCGACCUCAGAUGGCCAACAAGCAUCAAGCGAGUGCUGUUUGGAUGACACUGAGCAGGAAGAGGCAACCGGGAGCCAGAAACGUGGAUGCUGGGUUGACUAUAAGGUUGGCGAGUUCAUUAUCAGUGGGUCUGAUCCUGUUACUGAGGUCAGUUUUUCAAUGAAACAGAUAGAUUGUACACAUUCAAAAGGUGGGCUUUGUGUAGAUUCAGUGUCCAUUAUGCCCAGUGAUUUGGGAGAAUGUCGAAGAAGAGGGGUUUUGAAGUGACCGGUUACUGGUGUAUCACUACUGUAUUUUCUAGUUUUAUCAUUGACCCAGAAAGUUUUAGUUGGGUUUUGUCAUACAGCUUGUACACCUGGAAGCAUUUCACAGAUGUGAUCUUUUACUGUUUUCCUAAAGGUACAUGUCUUCUGGCUGUGUACCAGUUUUCAUUCAGUUUUGCUCCAAAACUAGCUCUUUGUAGAAAGAUCCAGAGUUGCCCUGUGUAUCCCUUCUUUAAACCAGAAACAAGCUUUCUAACAGGUAAGCAAAGUGAAUGUUGUUACUUAAAAUGCCCACGUGUGGCAUUUCAGAAAA